AUGGGGCGGCGUCGGCGUCGGGUGGACCGGGGGGCCGGGACCUGGGCGAGGGCCUUGCCCGAGGCCAUCGCCGCGCUGAGUCGGAUGCUGCCCGCUGGGCCCAGCCCCGAGACUUUCCGUCGCGCCAAAUUCGACCUUCCCGAGGCGACUCCAGCACUCUGGCGGCUGCUCUUCCAGGUGCUCUCGCCGCGCCCGGAGGAGGGAGCCACCGUUUCGUUAGCCCUCGAAACCCAGGUCCGUUUGGUGAAGUCAGUACUGCGCGCCCAAGGCUACCCUCGUCAGGAGCUUGCUGAGCUCCCAGAGGGUGGUUCCCAGGGCAGCCGUGAGCUCCUGCUGGCCUUUUCUUGGCUCCUGGCCUGUGGGACCCUGCUUGAGCAGCUGCUGGCCCGGACUCGCGUGCGGCUGGGCGACGAGAUGCCUGUGUGUGAGUGUGAAGACCUGACGUGUGGUGGGGCCAGCCUUGGCCAGCCUGCACUCAGCAAGGAAGCUGACAGCCGUAGGGAUGUGCGCUACGUGCAGUGGUUGAUGGGAAAGCUGCAGUGCCGGUGGCGGAACCUCACCUCCAGUCACCAGGAGCAGUGUGUCCUCCUGAGCAAGAUUCAUGAGUACACCCAGGGCUGCCACAGUGACCAGAGCCUCGGCCAUUUGUCUGUUGCUGAAACGGAGCUGCUCAGGGACCCAGAGGGUGGCCAGGAGCUGCUGCGGGCCCUGGAGUGUGAGAAUGCGCGCCUGGAGGCAGCUCUUACGUGGCGGCGCCUGGAGCUGGUCUUCUGGCAGUGGAUGGACACAGUGCUGGAUGCCUGCCUCCCAAGCACUCCCAGUGCUGGCUCACAGCCCACAUUUCUGCCCAGCCUCUCUGACCACGGUCCCAGGGAGUUGGAGCUGGUGGCUUGGGAGCUGCAGGCCCUGCAGGAGGAGCUGCGGGUGGCUGUGGAGGUGCGGCGGGUGGCAUGUGAGGCCCAGGUCCAGGGCUGGGGGUCUGAGUGGAGCACCACGAUGCGGUCCUUGAAGGAGGCUGUGGGGCAAGAGCUGGCAGCCCUGCAAAAGGCUUGGGAGCAAGAAGGGGGCCUGGUCCAGCCCCACGGGCCACACAGGCUGGUGAGGAGUGAGGCCGGGGCUCUGCCGUGCUGGGGCCUGCAGGCUGCCGAGGCCAUCCGGGCACUGCGGAGCAAGGAGGCCUGCCUGGAGGCAGCUCUGUGCUGCCUGCAGGGACAGUGUCGGCAGGAGUUGGCCAGGCUGCUGAGAGCCCUGCCAGGGGUCAUCUGGCUCUCACCACGUGGACGCUGA